AUGGCGCUCAAUGUGCGUAACAAGCUUGGAUUCAUUUAUGGUAUGAUUCGUAAACCUUCUGAUAAUGCUCAUGAUUUUGGUUCUUGGGCAAUAUGCAAUGACUUGGUGAUUACUUGGUUGAUGAACUCUGUUUCGAAGCAAAUUGGUCAAAGGCUAUUAUUCAAACAAGAUGAUGCACCUCGUGUCUAUGAGAUUGAACAACAUCUUAGUACGAUUCAGCAGGGAUCUAAGGAUUGUGAGUGUAGUGCUGCAGUGUUGUUGAAGAAGCUUCAACAGAGAAGUCGAGUUACAAAGUUUUUGAUGGGUCUCAAUGAAGGUUAUGAGCAAACUCGUAGGCAUAUUGUAAUGCUCAAACCGAUUCCUACUAUUGAAGACGUCUUUAAAAUGGUGGCCCAAGAUGAAAGACAGAAGUUGGUUAAACAUGUUCUAAAGGUUGAGAAUGCAGUCUUUCAGACUACUGGAGCUUCUACACUUCCUGUGUCAGAUGGUAACGAGUAUGCCACAGCUUACAACACUUAUCAACCUCGUUCAAGUAUACCUUUGUGUACACACUGUGGGCAGCUUGUUCAUGUCAUUCAAAAGUGCUUUCGUCUUCAUGAAUAUCCUCCUGGAUACAAGCAUUACAAUUCAGGGCAAUCGUUUAACAAGUCUGGUAUUGUUGGUCGUGGGCUAAUCAAUCUCUUCGCCCACAACAACAACAACAAAGACCUAUUGCUAAUAUGA